AUGGCGAAUCGAAUUGAGUUCAGAUCGGAAAUUGAAAAAGAGAAAAACGGAAAUCGAAAAAUCGCAAAGUGGAAGCAAGCAAUCAGAAGAGGAAGAGAGGUUUUGCUGAAACGAAACCAAAAACAACCCGAAAUUGCUAUAGACACUCACCCGAAAACGGAGAAGCUUCGGCUUAUGGGAAAGCGACAAGUGGCGGUAAACUACUG